UGUGCGUGCACGCGAAGCCAAAAGCGGCGUGACGUCAGUGGGCAUAGUGCUGGGAACAUGGCGCUGUCGUGUUGCUUGCGCUGGUGUGGAAAUGGAGGCUCUGGACACAUUCAACUCAAGGAAAUGCCCGCCGUCCAGUUAGACACGCAGCACAUGGGAACAGAUGUUGUUAUUGUUAAAAACGGGAGGAGAAUAUGUGGCACAGGAGGCUGCCUAGCCAACGCACCUUUGCAUCAGAACAAAAGUUACUUUGAGUUCAAAGUACAAUCAACAGGAGUGUGGGGGGUUGGUGUUGCUACCCAAAAAGCCAAUCUUAACCAGAUUCCUUUUGGUCGGGAUGCACAAAGUUUAGUGCUUAGACAUGAUGGAGCUAUUUAUCACAAUAAUGAGGAGCGAAACAGACUACCAGCUAACAGUCUUCCUCAAGAAGGAGAUGUUGUGGGGCUGACCUAUGAUCAUGUGGAACUGAACAUUUAUUUGAAUGGGAAAAAUAUGCAUUGUCCAGCAUCUGGAAUUAGGGGUACAGUAUAUCCGGUUGUAUAUGUUGAUGACAGUGCAAUUUUGGAUUGUCAGUUCAAUGAAUUUUACAGUCCUCCUCCUCCAGGGUUUGAAAAGAUAUUGUUUGAGCAACAGAUCUUUUGAUAUGCACUGUUUAAAUGUAUACUGUCACCCGAGCACUGUUACCUUUCCUGCUCCUGCCUAGAUAUUUGUAUGUUUCUUUUGGUCGGAAGUUACUCAAAGGCAUUUUGGUCGAAUUGUCAGCAAAUUAACGGGUUUAUCAUGCUUUCAUCUUUCACUAUCUGAUAAUGUAAAAAAAAAAGUGUUUUUAAAGAGACCAUUGGUAAACAAUGCGAGGUUCAAUAAAUAAAUAGUAAACCUUGUGCACCUUAUGAUUAAGGAAAAUUAAACUGAAAUGUUUGCCUGUGAAACACAGCAUCGUAAUUACUAUACUUUCCAAAUUAAGUACAAAUAUCAAAUAAGUAAUCACACGAAUAAUGUUGCUCUAAAUACUAUAUUUAUGCAGAGUUACUUAUUUGCUUUUAAUCUCUUAACCCUGUCUGGAAUAUAUUUUUGUUGCUCUUUUUGUAGCUGAUUUUAUGUGAUAUUGAUAUCAGAGUAUUUUUCAUCCAUGCAGUAUUCUUCACUCAACCUUUUUUACUCUUUAUAGACUCAUUUAAAUUUUGCUACUACGGUUAUCAAUUUACUCAUCUUUGCCCUUUCUCUCUGUUCCACCAAGAAUGUUUUGCUCCAUUUUUAAUAUUUUUUCGGUUGAGAUGAGUACCUAAUAGGAUGUAAAACAUCUUCAAAAUCACCAGUUAAAAUCUUCCCUACCUGGAGCUCACAUACAAAAAACAGAUUGUCAGUCAGAAGAACAAAUUAUUUGACCAAAAAUUAUAGACUGCAGUGCCCCUGCUCAUAAAAGCAUUUUAUUAGAUUUCCCUCUGAAACGUUAACUUUUUUGUCCCUGAAGAUAAAUGCCAUGAAAGUCAGAAAUAUGAGAUAAGACAGAAUUCUGGAAACAGCAGGUUAAAACUGGGAGGAUGUUCGAAAUGGCAAUGUUUAAGUUCACAAAGUGGCCGAAAAAGAAAACAAUGAUUGAAGGAGGAAUGAUUGAAUUUAUGUGAUUAAUUGGGCCAUUGAGUACAUCUCUGACACAAAAACAGUGUUGGUUCUGAUGUCGAGUCCUCCAGCCUGAAUCAUUAACUGUUUCACUUUGCAGUGCUUCCUGACCUAAGUAUUUACAACAUUUUCUGUUUUUGUGUUGAAAAUAUUGGUGAUACUGGAAAUAGCAGGUCAAGUGAUAUCCAUGGAUAGAGAAACAGUUUGAAACAGGAAAUAUAUUUAAUCUGUCUUAAAAUGGUGACAGGAAUGAUGGAGGGGAGUAUAGUAGUAUAUGUCAGAAUGGAAGGUGCUUAAUUGGGUGCAUUUGUGCGAUGGUUAGCUAACAAGCAUAUGUUUGUCACUGUGACAAUCUUUGUCUCCUGCUGGCCCUUCAGUAAGAUUCAAAUGCAUUGCCAGAAUUUGAAGGAAAUGAGAAUAACUAAACUUAUUGAAGUUUUUGAAGCUCAAUAAAAAAGUUGUUGUCAAUUCUAAUACAAAAGAAAAUAGCCGAACAGAGCAUCUUCAUUCUGCUCCAUUUUCAUCUUUAAAGAACUGGAACUGAACUUUUAAAUCCAUGCUUUCUGUCUAAACCAAGAUUUCUUGACACAGUGUUUAUCAUAGGAUUGGACGUGGAUAAAGGCCUAUUAUAUUUGGAUUCAGCAUCUAAAGUUUCUAUGAAAUGGUAUUAUUUAUAUUUAAAAAAAUAGGUGUACAGUUCUUUGUGAAGAUGAUGUAGAAUCUCCAGUGUUAUUUAAUAUUUUCUAAAGAUUAGAGGACAUUAAAGAACACUUGUUUUUGCAACUAUUUGUAUUGAAAUUUAUUAUUAUAAAGUGGAAAUGUUGUAGUUACAAACAUUAACAGAAAUGAGACCUAUGCUCUAUAACUAAGCAUUAAUUUGGGGGGUUCUGAAAAGCCAUACAGAAGAAUUUGGUAAGUGUAAUUAGUGAAUAUAAAUAGUGUUCAUGACCGUACCUCUAUUCAAAAAGAUUGUAGCUGAUCUUUUACUUCAGCACUGGGUUCCUGGGAGAACCUCGUUUCCCUUAAUUCCCUUAAUAUGUAAAAGCAUAUUAAUUUUUGUUCUGAACAUAUUCAGUGUAAAGCCCUUGAGGAUUCCAAAGAUUUAUCAACCUCUGAGUGAAGAAAUCUUGUCUCAUCUCAGUCCUGAGUAGCUAACACCUUACUCUGAUUUUGGCCGAGGUACUCCUACCAGGAGAAAAAUCAACCCCAUAUUUUACCUCGUCAAGCCCUGUAAGAAUGAGAUCAUCCUCUUAUUCUGAUAAAUACGAGUUGAGACGCAGUCUGCUUAUUCUCUUCCUAGACAAUAAUCCUGCCGUGCAAUGUUUAAUAUCAAAGGGGAUUACUUCAAUUGUUUCCACAUUUUCUGCCUUGUCCUCAUUCAUUCACUUAAUUUGCCGAUAUCCUUCUGAAGCUUCUGCUUCCUCCCCACAACUCACUGCCACCCAGCCAGCUGAAAAAAAUUCUGACUUUUCUCCUGCAGACGAUUGUUUUAAAUUCAUCUUGCAUUAAAAUCAAAACAGAGAAUAAAUGAAGAGUAUGAGGCCACUGUGCAUGUAUUUUUUUUUUUUGUUUUGUUAUGGUAGCGAAUUCGGUUUGUGCCAAAGAGAUGGAAUAUGUUGAAGUAAAUGUGAUCAACAUUAAAAUAAGAAUGUUAUGUUCUGUUCAGGAAAAUGUACAUUCUAUUAAAGUAGCUGCUUGAAAUAUAUUGUCAAUCGUAACUGUUGGAAUGAAAUAAAUAUUGGCUUAUUUUCCCCAUAAAUGGUUGUGACAAAAAUUUUUGGAAGGUUGCAAGGUGAAUGUUAUUUUGUAACAAUAAAUAUUUCUUCCCACCUCA